AUGAGUUGUGUUUUCUGUCAAUAUUUAACCCUGCAUUUUUGCAACAAAAUGGAAGCACACGGCAUACGUAUUGUUGAGAUUGAUGGAGUUUCUAUUUUAACACACGACGGAAAUAUUCUUAAUCCGUUUUCCGAGAGAUUUACGCAGAGAUAUUUAGCGAAUGUUGUAGGUUGUUCCAGCGUCCGUGAAGAUAUUCUAUCAACAAUUAAUAACCACUUUGAUAACCACUCAAAAAGCCAUUAUGUGCGCAAAAGUGUUGUAUCUACCGAUCACGCAUCGGAAAUAGCAGGAGUCAAAGAAUCUAAGCUAAAUGUUUGCAAGCUUUGCUUCAAUCAUGCCUCGAAGACUCACCUUAAUCUUCAUCUUAGAACAGAACACAGGGUCAAUAGUAAUUUCCAACAGCACGUCUUCAGAACAACCGGGUAUGCAAUUCCCAACCAAAAGUGCGGCUUUUCCUAUUUAUACCGCGAAAAAGAAGACACCAAGCCACCCACUUCAAUGACAACCAUGGAAGGCCCGCAUACACAUCUCCGGCACGAGGACAAGUUCCUCCGCACAAUCAACGCCAACCUAUAUUAUGGAAAGGGAUACCCGCAGUACUUACACAGCGAAAACAAGGAAGAAAGUAUACCGGUGUUUGAGGCCGUCAAGAAGUAUAUUCUCCAGGACAGGCCACAUUUGAAGGGCACGCAUCCCAUUUACAAUCGGAUGUUGCGAGAGGGCAUAUUGAAGGUUCCCGUUCUCUUUACGACCCAGGUGAUCUAUGCAAACUAUGCCAGCCGUUUUUUCUACACGUUUGCCAAGGUAUGCGGUAACCGAAUCAUCGAGGAAGUGGUGACCAAUCCCACCGACGAAGUGGUGAAGCGGGCGGUGAUGGAGACGAUCGAGAAGUAUAUUGUGGUGGAAGAAGACACGACUGGAAUGUUUAUGAGAGCCGUGAUUAUCUCGUUGAUGCUUCCCGAUGACAGGUUUGCGCAGUCGAAGGUGCGAGCCAGAAUCCUCGAUGGCAUCAACUAUUUCUUGAAGUUGGCUAUAGCAGACUAUAUGUUGAUGAGAAACAACGCCAAUGGGAUUCUUUGA